AGUACAGUAUAACUACAUGACCAAGCGAAAGGGAUUUGACAGAUCUACUGGACAGAUCGUCGAAUGAUUAUCUCUGGUACAUCAAGGUCAUUGAAUGUCAAACAUCAAUCAAUUCUUGGCAUCUCUGGGUUAAUUUUUGCAACAGCAAUCUCUAAAUCACUUCAUUUUUGUUUCCCUCCGUAUGUUUUCCUGAGAUUUCACGCGAGAAAAAUUGCGGUAGUGGACAGAAUUUCACAACAAUCACACAUCUGCAGAAAAGGAACAUCAGGAAAUCAUCAACACUGGAAAUAAGACACUGAAACAAAACAGAUUUAAAUACAAACCAAGGUAACUGGAUAAUAACCAGAACAGAACCUCCUCGCAAAAGUGAUAUUCGCACAGUCGAAGUUUCCUGACAAAAAUCUGCCAGCAGUAUUCAGUGGUAAGUGAGGAAAUAAAAAUUCUUCUGACUAUGGCUGACGAGAUUGAGGAGAUUAAGUUCCAUAUCAUCAAGAAUUCUGAUAAAUCCAACGGUAUUGCUAACGGGAUUGAGAAAGCGGACUUUAGUACCUUCAGAGGGGACAUCAUAGUAUGCUGUGGAGGAUACGAAGGGAGAUUCGAGCUGGAUACAGUAGAGGCAUUCUGUGUGAACACAAACACCUGGGCUGAUCUACCUCCAAUGCCAGUCGAAUGCGACAGUUUAACUGCAGGGGCUUAUGGGAGUGCUGUGUUCGUGGCCGGAGGAUCUGACAGGAAAAAGCCUCUUGAUAAUGUGUCAAUGUUUGACUGGCAAGAACGAGCUUGGAGGAAACUGGCCCCGAUGGUCACAGCUCGCUCAUACUCCUGUGGAACCAUGGAUAAAUCGCGGGCUUGUCUGCUAGUGGCAGGGGGAUUUAAUAACAGAGAGCUGGACUCCAUGGAAAUUUUUGAUGUGAAGACUGAAAGAUGGCUGAAAGCUCCUGCUAUGCCAACAGCUCGUACAAAAUCUGGGGGAGCUAUCGUGGGAGAUUACUUCGCUGUGGUGGGUGGGGACGAAUUUGGUCGUCCAACCGAUACAAUCCAAUGUUUCAACUUGAAAACGGAGAAGUGGGAAACGUUUCCCGCCAUGAGCACGAAACGUCGACGGUGCGCAGUCGUAGCCGUGGGUGAGAAGCUUUUUGUGGCGGGAGGUCUGACGCUUGGUGACUAUUCGCUAGAUACCAUAGAAAUGUUUGAUCUGCGCAACCGGAAAUGGUUUGAUCUUCCCAACAUGCCUUGCACGCGAUUCGGCUGUGGUGCGUGCGUAAUAAAUUCACAAAUGUUUCUCUGUGGUGGCAACGAGAAGUUGAGAAUGAAGGCGUAUUCAAACCGGCUUGACUCGUUUGAUCUGAUGACGCAUACCUGGGAAAUCCUUCCAAAUAUGGCACACCGUAGGAUCCAUCCUGUUGCAGUGUCCGUCAGUGUUUAAACAGCGGUCCAGACGACAGCAAAGAUGGACCACAUAAAAGAAUAUCCACAUCUAAUGAUGUGUCCAGGAUGCUUAAAGUUCCUUUAUACUGGAGAAGAACUUCGCUCCUUUUUAUCUUUUUGAUUAACUUUUCGUUUAAAUUAUUAUAUUUUUUAGAAGACUAAAUUUCCAGAAUGUGUCUUAGAAAUACGACCAAGUUGAUUUUUUUUAAACAAAGUCCAUUUUACCGAGAGAAUGUUCAAACCACCCAAAGAUAAGAAAUUGAGGUGACGUGUAUUGUUGAAAGAAGUAAAAGAUUGAU